AGCCAAGUAUUUUCCCCUAACAGUAUGCUGAUAGACGCGAUACACAACGGAGCGAAAACACGUGAAUGUUGGGACAACGGAACCCGAGGGAGAUUCUGUUUUCAUGGAACAUCUUAGUAUACAGGGGGGUAACCCUCAUCUCCAAAGGGUCUUGAAAAGCUAUCAGACUGCUGCUAUGAGAAGUUUGCAAGGACCAGGGCCUACUGUUUUUCCUACAUUACUCUCCGACAUGGCCGAGUUAGAGCGAUAUAGAAAGGCAUUGGUUAAAAAACUGCCGACUGUAGACAAAAUGGAAUUUGGAGCUUUACGCGCCCCUCCGCCGUUUCCUAUUCAGCAUUUCGGACCUGUAUUUACUCCUAUGGACUCUGGUAAAAGUGAAAAAUUGGACACUUUCCUAGAGGAAGAGAGGAUAGCUUGCUUUAGUGUUGGGGGAGAGAAACGGUUGUGCUUACCCCAGAUAUUAAACACAGUGUUGAGAGAGUUUAGUUUGCAACAAAUAAACGCAGUGUGCGACGAGUUGCAUAUUUUCUGCUCUAGAUGCAAUCCAGAGCAGCUAGAAUUAUUAAAAGUGACUGGUAUUUUACCCCUCAGUGCACCCAGUUGUGGCUUGAUCACAAAAACUGAUGCUGAACGCCUGUGUAAUGCAUUACUUCACAGGUCUCCUGAGAGAUACUCAAAACCACCUUCUCGUGAAAGUUUCAAAGUGUAUCAUGAAUGCUUUGGAAAAUGUAAGGGUAUUUUUUACCCGGAGAACUACAUGUCUGCAAAUGACAAGUGCAUUCUGUGUUGUGACUGUUCAGGACUUUUUAGUCCACAGAAGUUUGUGCGACACUCACACAAGGCAGAGAAUAAUGUAUGUCACUGGGGGUUCGACUCCUCCAAAUGGAGGUCCUAUCUCCUCCUAGCAAAAGAUCAGGAGGAGAAAGACAAGUUACAGAAGGAACUUGAGAAAAUGAAAGCAAAAUUCGAUACAAAUCGCAAGAGGAAACAGGUUACUGACUCCUUGAGUGAUCUGAAGAGGUCAAAGAGUGAGGAUGGGGACUACAGCUCCUGGGGUGAGGCCUCAAGGCAGGGAGGGGGUUCAGCAUUCAGACCCUGGUCUCCGGGAAUGAUCAGUGCGAUGAAGGACAGCAAAGGGCUUCCCGAGCCUCCCUCAAUCAUGAGAGAUGUGUCUAGUGAGGCCACACCUUCUUAUUUACACAGGGGUCCUCCAGUACUGCUCAACCCAGAAAGAGUUGUCACAGAUGCCGAUACAAAAUCGUAUGAGAGAGGUUUUGCCCCCAAUGUAUCCCUGGCACCCCAUCAGCCUAAAAUUAACGUGGAUGACAUCAGUGAGGAUGAGGGGGAUAUUGAGCCUAUUUCUCCUGUGGCCAGCUGCAGUAAGCCGGAGUACAAGGAAUGGGACCUGCCCAGUGAAUCGGAUGACUCAUCUCAAACCUCUGAUGGUGAAGAGUCUAAAUCACAGGAGACAUUCUGUACACUGGAAAAGGAAAUUGAGCUGAUUCACAAAGCAUUAGAUGGAAAGGUGGGCUCAUCAAAGGAAGAAAAAGACGCAUUCCUUCAUGAGUUUUCCAGACUUCGUGUUACAAGUCAAGAACAGCUCAAUACAGCCCAGCAAGAGAAAAGAAGACUCAAGCAGGAACUUGCCUCAUUGAAAGCUUCUAGUAAAGAAAAGAUGCAGAAGUUGACGGAGCAGUGUGCUAGUCUGGAAAAAGAUGUGGAGCGAGUGCGGAUUGAGUCUGAGUGUCGGCUGGAGGAAGCGCUCGAGGACAAAGACACGCUCCGCAAGGAAAUCAAACGCCUACAAGACCAGGAAGAAGCAGAGGCAUCCAAGUACCUGACAGUGAAUCGCGAACUUCAAACACGCCUCCGGCAGUACGAAGUGGCGUACGAACAGCUGUACUAUGACUGCUUGUACUUCCAAGAGGAGCUAAAAAGAAACAGUAUCAUCAUUCCUGAUGUCAUGGCCAAAAAGUUCAAUGAACAGUUAGCACCGCUCUCAAAAGUGGCCCCCCAGUACUCACCCUCCCAAAGGAACUCACUUUCUCCUGAGGGCAGGACAGGUGGAAUCAAGAAGGAAAGAGACACGUAGCAGAAUUGUUUUAAUGCUACAUCUUUAUUUUGAAAAUAAACGACUGCCAGAAUUAAAGCAACUUCAGAAGAAGAAAUGGGUACAGUUAUCUAAAAGAUAUAUUUCUUAUCCUUGCAUGGAGCAUUUGUUUUGCUUAGAUAUUGAUUUGGAGACUGUGGCCCAAAUUUCAUUAAAGGCAAAUCAGACGAGGAGAAACUAACAUUUUUAAAGCUAUAAUUGUUUCUUGUUGGAAGUUUCUAGUUUUAAUUUGAUUAUAGAUUAGAUACCAUGCUCAUUGCCAAACCUAAAAUGAAAUCAAAUUCGAUUAACUGUCGCCGCUCACUGUGGUAGAGACAGCAAGGUUCCCUAUGUCUUUGUGGGUGUUUGCAGAAUUUCGCAUUACAUAAUCUUUUUUUAAUUGAUUUUUCUGGGAUGGUUCUUUCUUCAAGGCAUUUUUCUUCCCGCAAUUGCAUUAUAUGAAUCAUCCAGUGUUAUUUCUUUCGAUUCAUGGCUGAUUACUUUAUUUCCAUAUCAAGUAAAUAGUCUCAAUUCUGUAGGGGUAAAUAUUUUGUAAAAAUUGCAGUUUCUUCUCUGGCAUUUUAGCAUAUUUUCCAUCAGUUGUAACUUUGUUGUUAAUGGUGACAUAUUAAUUUUAUUUUUUUCAACUGAUCAGAGGGUGUUAAACAGAAAGUUAAUGUUUUCUUUUUCUUUUUUUCAAAUUGUGCUUAAAUCAGUUUUAGUGCUUUUAGUGAUUAGUUGAUUUUUUUUAAAAUCAUGUUUGAAUUUUUAUUCAAGUGCUAUAUUUAUGCUGAAUGGAAAAAGAUGGAUUUUUUCAUUGAUGAAAAGGAAGUUGUUUUAACUCUGGACAAGAAUAGACAACCAUAAUGUGUAGUGCUGUAAAAGUGUAAUAAUGAUAACUGUGUAUCAGUAUUGCUAAAAAUGGGAUCACAUAAAUAGGUCAAGGACACCUUUGGAUGUCAAGGCUACACUGUCACUGAUAAGAGAUGAAAAUGUAUAUAAAUAUGUGUGUGUUUGUUAUGGCAUAUACUGUAUUCUUAUGGAAAAGGGUUGCAUUAUUUCUGAUAAGAAAAUCUGCCAAAAAACACAUCUCAUCCAGUGUUAUGUGAAAUAUACGUGUUGAAAACAUCUGAUUAGCUAGUGCUUUGGCAUAUAUAUUUAUGAUUCCCAAACUAACUGCCAUGUUUAAACAUGCAUAUUGUGCAUCAUAAAUGCUUUUUUUUUUGUUGUGAAGAUGUAGUUUCUUCACAGGUAAAGGGGUUCAAAUACCCCUUUAAUUGUAUGGUACAAUAUGUAUGUAAUAUAUUUAUUAAUUGAUGUAAUUGACAUUUUUAAUGCACUUACUUAAGUUUUCCUUUUUUCCCUUCCUGAAAUAAUCUUAUCAUUAAUUAUAUGUAGUAAUGUUACAUAUUUCAUUGGCAUUGACUAAUUUACAUUCUAUGUAAAUGAUUCAUAAGUAGGGAGAGCUCAAGAUUUUAUUUUCAGAGUGAAGGGAAAAUAAGAAACUUAAUUUGGCGUAUUAUUAAACGAAAAAGAUAAAUGGCAAUUGGCGACCUCUAUUUUAUUGAGCUGACUAUUGUAAAUCUAUUGUGUUUGUACAUUACGGGUCCCCUUAUAUCUUUGUAGUUGUCAAGCUUUUUUUGUGGUGCUAUCAUUCAACUACACAUUUUCAUUAAAAAAAUACAUUUCCAAUACACAAUAACAUGAAAUAAGGGCUGUAGCUGAGCAGGGUUUUUAUAAGGUAUUCAUUUUAGGCGGGUAUUGACUGAUUAUAUGUACAAUUAUAUAUUUUAAUUUUUUUUGUGCAACGCAUUUGAGAUCUAUUGGUAGAUCAGUGGUCAAUGGUUGUCGGGUACCGGUGAUAUGUGUCAGAGAUGUAAGCAGUGUUGUCAUUGGACAGAUUUGUGACCCUGUGCAAUCCCUUUAGGUCUGGCUGUGUUGUCUUCCACCCCUGUAAAUCAAAAUAUCAUCAAUUCAAUUGCAUACAUUUUUAAAUCAUUUUUUGUUUCCUCUCAAAGCUAUCAUUGUAUCAAAAUAUAUCAGAAACUCAUCUUUAACACACUGCAUUCACGAGCCUUCAUACAUUGUCUAUUGGUGUCAUUAUUCUUAAUGUGACAAAAAACAGAAUUAUAACAGGAAGUACAGGAGUUAACUCCCUUUUGGCAGCAGCAACUAAGGCAAAUUAAUGCUCCUUCCAAUAGAGGCAGCAUAUAUUAUCUGCUGUAAAAUCAGAAGACAAGAAAUAUAUACACAGGAAGAGCUGCAUUUAUUAUUCAGAUGUUUUGUAUAUAUUGGAGAAAAACUACAUCUUUGAUAAAUGGUUCAUUCUGUGAUGUGCAUCAUCCUAGAUUUCCUUUAUGGAAUUAUAGCUGAUGUUGAUCACAUGAUGAAAUAUUUAACAUCAAAAGGUGCUCAUCAAAGUGCAAUCUGACUUUUAGGAGUGACUUAGGUUCUCCUCUAAGUUAGACAGAGGCCUGUACUACACUAAGGGCAACAACUCUUGUGAUAUAUAGAUAUUUCAUCAGUGGUUAGUUUGCUCAUCUCUUCAUUAGUCUAUUUUUUGAAUUGUAAAAGUACUUCAUAUUUGUGGAAUGUAGAGUGGUUGUAUGUAUAUUUGUACACUUUGUCACAUCUUUUGAUGAUUGAAUCUUUGCUUACGUAUGAAUAUGUAGAGGGUAUUGAAGAAUGAACUCUGGCCAGUACUGAAACUCUCUUAUCAAUGAAGCAUGUAAAAGUCAAUAUUCAAAUCCCUGGGUACAGAAAUUAUGUAUAUUUUUUGUGAAAAUAUCAAUUUAUCUUGUAUUACAUGAUCCAAUAUUUAGUUAACAAAAUUUUAUUUGCUGUUAACUUUUCAAUGUUGUCUUAGGAUGUACAAGUUGUACUCUCUCUCUCUGUUGUCAAGUGAUUAUGGUAACCACUGCUAUAUCUUAAAUAUUUUCUUUAAAUCUGUAUCUUAUAAAGUAGAAAUGAUGUCAUUGCUGAUACACAGCAUAUGUCUUUUUUUUGUUUUUCACAACAGUAUAUUGUUUACGUUGACAUAGCCUGUGUAUUCUUACGUGUGUGUUUAAGGUAUCUGAGCAUUUAUUCAGUAGAUAGAAAAUCACUGUUCUGUACAGCUACAAGACCCCCCUAUUUUUCUGGGGGGAGUUAAGUCACUAUGUAUUAUUAUUAUUAUACUUAUGUUAUUUACUCUCCCUUUGUUUCCCGUGCUGUAAUUGGCCAGUGUACUCUAUGAACAAAGAAACGGGAUCUCUGUUCAGUUGUUAUAUGAUACAGAGAACCUUAUUUUGAUGACUAUUUGGCUGUGUACACUUGCUGCAGCUCUGCAGUUGGAAGUGAUUUUUUGCUUCAUUAAUUUUCUUUUUUGUACAUAUACAAAAACUAUUACCAUAUCACACUUUAGGGGGCAUUUCAUAAUGGCAUACCUCAUCAAGUUGUAUAUAGUAUUAGAACAUGAAAUUUGUCUUCAUUUUACAUAACAUUUUCUGAAGUACUGAAAGAAAGAUUUUUUUUUCACGUCAAUCAGUAGCUCAUUGACUGAGUGCAAGGUUGUGAUUUUGAUCAAAUGUCAUUCAAACAUGAGGCAGAUUCUGGCAGAAAAGACCUUGUGUUAUAGAAGCACUAUUUUCUAUAUCUAGGCUGCAGUUAUGUUGUAAAAAUUGUCUGCGCUGUUAUAAUGCGGAAUAAUACAAGGUGUGCACUGAAUUUUUUUCUUUGUUCCAAUCUGUUGUGAAGACUAAGCAUAGGGUUUUCCCUAAUUUUUUUUUAAUAGGAAAUGAAACACUGUUAAUGGCUUUUUGUUUUCCCGGUGUAAAACAUAAUAAUGGCAAACAGUACAAGGAUAGGCUUGUAUUUUCUUUCUUUCAAACAUUUCUGAGACUACUUUUAGAAGUUUUACCUCAUUCAAAGUUCAAGCUGCAAUAAUGUAGCCCUUUCUAAUUUUUUCAUCUAUAUCUUCUGGAGACAAAAAAGGGGAGAGGGCUACAUUAUGACAGCUAACAAAGUUCAAAAGUUGUGCAAGGAAAAAUUGUUCAUUUAUAAACUUUGAUUCAGUAGCUUACAACUUUUUACAUGGUUUUAGAAGCAUUAAGGCUAAUUAUUUAUUUUUUUAAAUAUAUGUAUCAGUGGUCUUCUGUGUUUAUUAAUUGUUUAGGGCAGAUUUUGAAUGUAAUUUCUUCUAGAGCAUGUUGACUUUGGUGUAUCUGAUUAUACUACAAUGUUAUAUUAGUUGUUCAGACCUGCCUUUUGCUUUUUAGAGGAGCACUACUCUUGUUCACCAGGUUUUUAUUUUUGUUGACAGUUCAUUACCAUGACUGAGCAAUUAAAAUGUCUGUUAUAUUGUGAA